AUGACUCAAUCCAAGUCGACAGACGUCGUCGCAAGGCUAUCCGGUGUGCAAGGCAAAGAUGUUGUCGCUGAGCUCGACGACGAUGCCCUGAUCGGCUCUGGAGUCGUAUCAGCAUCAGACGAAGCUCGCGCUGGAGGUCGCUCUCCUGCUUCUGAAGUGGCCGAUGAUGCAGUAGAAGACUACGAUGCCAUACGCCCGGAUCCUGACAGCCACGUCGACAACUCCCGCAAAUCCUUGGAUACCGCCUAUCGGCCUGCGCACGCGCGCACUGGCAGCCGAGUGCUUUCCGAUGAGAAGUCCGACUCAUCGACGUCGGUAGAGUCGCCGCGAAAGAACAAGGGAGGGCUGCAAGUCCGGCUGGAACGGACGGAGAAGAAGGGUCGGUAUAUCUUGACAGUGGACGACCCGGAGACCAAAGCACUGCUGCGACGGGAGAUUGCUCGUGCAAAUGGCGAAAAGGUCAAGCCACGCAUGCGCAUCCGGGAGCUGGUCUUCACGCGACAAUUCACAGCAUUCGAUCGUCAGAACCCUGACAACGAGAAGAGCGCCUUCUUCGGCUUCUUCACCUUGUUUUGGAUUUGUAUGCUUUUCGUGGUGGUUAAGAGUGCCAUGAUGAAUUAUCGUGCACACGGCAACAUCCUCGGUCGCAAUGAGCUCACGCAAAUGAUGUUUCAACGUGAUGUCGCUGUCAUGGGAUUGACAGACGGCGCCAUGUUCCUCGGCACUUUUGAAGGUUGGAUCAUGCAGAAGCUGGUACACAAGAGAUGUAUCAAUUGGGCAAGAACAGGAUGGAUUUUGCAGAACAUCUGGCAAACAGCUUACCUCGGAGCUUUUGUCGGCUGGACUUAUUAUCGGGAUUGGCCGUGGUCGCACUCGAUCUUCAUCACGUUACACUGCUUGGUGUUCCUCAUGAAGAUGCACAGCUACUCGUUCUACAAUGGCUACCUAUCCGGUGUCACUCUCCGCAAAGAACUUCUGGAGAAGAAAUUGAAGCAGCUGGAGGCGAUGGAGCCGCUUCAAUCACCGCCGACCAGUCCCGUCCGCGAACAAUCGACAAGCACUGGGAUUGAAAACAACAACCUGACAGCCACCCGCCGACCGUCGACAGCUCAUCGCACAUCUACGAACUUCCAAGCCGAGCCAACCGAAGUGGCAGCCGUUGCCUCCGCCAUUGAAUCCGGUCAAUCAAUCAGUCCUGAGCAGGUACAGAUAUUUUCCGACAUCAUCAAGGGCGAAAUCGCCGAGCUAGCCAAGGAACUCCGCGGCAAGAGCGAAGACGGCAAGACCGCGUACCCGAAGAAUCUCACACUCGGCAACCAUGCCGAGUACAUCUGCCUGCCAACCCUCGUUUACGAGCUAGACUACCCACGCCAGGAAUCCACCAACUGGUGGUACGUGGCGGAGAAAUCCGCCGCCACCUUUGGCAUCCUCAUCAUCAUGCAAGUCAUCAGCCAGGCUUACGUCUACCCGCUGGUGAUGCAAACCAUCGCCAUGAAAGAGGCCGGCAUGUCUCUCGACGAGCGCUUGCGCGAAUUCCCGUUCAUCGUCGUUGACAUGGUCCUCCCAAUCCUCGUCGAGCAGCUGCUGACCUGGUACGUUAUCUGGGAAUGCAUCCUGAACGUCCUCGCCGAAGUCUUCAAGUUUGCAGACAGGGGCUUCUAUGGGGAUUGGUAUAACGCCAAAUCGUUUGAUCACUACGCUCGAGAGUGGAACCGUCCAGUGCAUCACUUCCUCCUUCGACACGUCUACUUUUCCUCAAUUUCGACCUUCCACUUCAGUCGGGGCGCCGCGACGUUUGCCACGUUCCUACUCUCCGCGCUGGUGCAUGAGCUCUGCAUGGCGGUGAUGUUCAAGAAGAUUCGUGGGUACCUCUUCCUCAUGCAGCUCUGCCAGAUCCCGCUCAUAGCUUUCACUCGAACGAGUUUCAUGAAGAACCGCCAGAUCCUGGGCAACACUACAUUCUGGGUGGGAUUGUUCCUGGGACCGAGUGUGCUCGCUUCGUUGUACUUGAUCAUUUGA